AUGGCAUCUGAAAGCUUUGGAUUCCAAGCUGAAAUCUCUCAGCUCCUCGAUCUUAUCAUCAACACGUUCUACUCGAACAAGGAGAUCUUCCUCCGUGAAAUCAUCUCCAACGCCUCGGAUGCGCUCGACAAGAUCCGUUACGCAUCGCUUACCGACCCAGAGGCGCUCAAGACGGAGCCUGAGCUCUACAUCCGCAUCACGCCCGACAAGGAAAACAAGAUGCUCACCAUUCGUGAUACGGGUAUCGGCAUGACAAAGGCUGACCUUGUCAACAACCUCGGCACGAUCGCAAAGUCGGGCACCAAGGCCUUUAUGGAGGCUCUUAGCUCUGGUGCCGAUAUUUCGAUGAUUGGUCAAUUCGGUGUCGGUUUCUACUCGGCAUACCUCGUCGCCGAGCGUGUACAGGUCAUUACCAAGCACAAUGACGACGAGCAGUACAUCUGGGAGUCUGCUGCUGGGGGUACCUUCACUAUCACACCCGAUACCGUCAACCAGCCACUCGGUCGCGGUUCUGAGAUUCGUCUCUUCCUCAAGGAGGACCAGCUCGACUAUCUCGAGGAGAAGAAGAUCAAGGAGAUUGUCAAGAAGCACUCUGAAUUCAUCUCAUACCCCAUCCAGCUCGUCGUGACCAAGGAGGUUGACGUCGAAGUCGAGGAUGAGGAAGAGGCAAAGGAAGAAGAGGAGGGCGAAAAGACCAAGAUUGAAGAGGUCGAGGAUGAGGAGGAGACGAAAGAAAAGGGCAAGAAGACGAAGAAGGUCAAGGAGAAGAAGCAGGAAAACGAGGAACUCAACAAGACCAAGCCCAUCUGGACUCGAAAUCCUCAGGAUAUCACCGCCGAGGAGUACGGCAGCUUCUACAAGAGCCUUACCAACGACUGGGAGGAACAUCUCGCUGUCAAGCACUUCUCCGUCGAAGGUCAGCUCGAGUUCAAGGCCAUCCUGUUCGUUCCCAAGCGCGCUCCAUUCGAUCUCUUUGAGACCAAGAAGAAGAGGAACAACAUCAAGCUCUACGUCCGCCGUGUCUUCAUCAUGGACGAUUGCGAGGAUCUCAUCCCCGAAUAUCUCAACUUUGUCAAGGGUAUCGUCGAUUCUGAGGAUCUUCCUCUCAACAUCUCUCGUGAGACGCUCCAGCAAAACAAGAUUCUCAAGGUCAUCCGCAAGAACAUUGUCAAGAAGUGCAUGGAGCUCUUCUCCGAGAUUGCCGAGGACAAGGACAACUUUAACAAGUUCUACGAGGCAUUUGGCAAGAACCUCAAGCUCGGUAUUCACGAAGACUCGCAGAACCGCAGCAAGCUCGCCGAAUUCCUCCGAUUCUUUAGCACCAAGUCGCUCGAAGAACAAACCUCGCUCAAGGACUAUAUCACCCGUAUGCCAGAGAUCCAAAAGUCGAUCUACUACCUCACAGGCGAAUCGCUCACCUCGAUCAAGAACUCGCCAUUCCUAGAGGUCCUCAAGAAGAAGGGCUUCGAAGUUCUCCUGCUCGUUGACCCCAUCGACGAGUACGCGGUCUCGCAGCUCAAAGAAUUUGAGGGCAAGAAGCUCGUCUCCGUGUCCAAGGAGGGUCUCGAGCUCGAGGAGACUGAGGAAGAAAAGGCAGAGCGCGAGAAGGAGGCCAAGGAGUUUGAGGAUCUCUGCAAGACCGUCAAGGAUGCACUCGGCGACAAGGUAGAGAAGGUCGUCAUCUCCAACCGUAUCUCCGACUCGCCAUGCGUUCUCGUCACUGGCCAGUUUGGCUGGAGCUCCAACAUGGAACGUAUCAUGAAAGCUCAGGCACUCCGUGACUCGUCCAUGUCGUCGUACAUGGCAUCGAAGAAGACACUCGAGCUCAACCCACACAACCCCAUCAUCAAGGAGCUCAAGAAAAAGGUCGCAGAGGACAAGGCAGACAAGUCGGUCCGCGACUUGACCUACCUCUUGUUCGAGACCGCUCUCCUCGUCUCCGGCUUCGUUCUCGAGGAACCGACCGGAUUCGCUAAGCGCAUCCACCGCAUGAUCUCGCUUGGUCUCGACGUCGAUGAGGACGCAGAGCCACAGCCGUCGAAGAUGGAUGAAGACAUGCCACCACUCGAGAGCAAUGCUGGUGCCUCUGCUCUUGAGGAGAUUGACUAG